UGGAUGGAGAAGUGUAGAGGCUCCGUCAGAGCUCCGGUCCCCCCGCCCUCCUCCUCCAGCUAUUUGCCAGGCAGCCUCGACGACAGACAGCCAGCCAGCCGCUCACCGUCCUGCUGCAGCGCGGAGCUCCGUCUUCUCCCUCCGAGCUCCGGCGUCGUUUUCCCCCGUCUGCGAGGAUCUGCACGGGCCCGGCGAGCGAGUUCGGUCGCUUCUCCUUCUUUUUUUUUUUUAAGGGGGGGGAGAUCCAGUCGUGUGUUUGCAAGCUUAAUUCUCAAAUAGCCCUUCAAGACAUAUGGAAAAAAUGGCCAGACCUGUUCCUAUAAACCCAACUUUCCUGCCGCCGACUCACGGCGUGCUGAAAUCCCUGCUGGAAAACCCGCUGAAGCUGCCUUUCCAUCACGAUGAAGGACUUGGGAAAGACAAGGAGAAAGAGAAGAAGCUGGACGAUGAGAGCAGCACAGCCAACCACCCACAGUCGGCCUUCCUUGGCCCGACCCUUUGGGACAAGACCCUGCCCUACGAUGGGGACAACUUCCAGCUGGAGUACAUGGACUUGGAAGAGUUCCUGUCCGAGAACGGCAUCCCCGUCAGCGCAGCCCAGAGCAGCCAGGCCACACAGGCAGCGCCGUCGCAGCAGCAGUCCCCGCCGUCUGCGCCGCCCACACCCUCUGUGGUGGACCUCAGCAGCCGCGCCACCACCUCGGUUCACACAGGCCUGGCGCCUCAGACCUGCCUCCGCAGCCCCAGCACAGCAGCAUUGCCCUCAGCCCGGGACACCCCCAGCCCCAUAGACCCAGAGUCCAUCCAGGUGCCCCUGAGCUACGAGCCUGACCCGGCAGACCUGGCUCUGUCCAGUGUGCCCGGCCAGGAAAUGUUCGACCCCAGGAAACGCAAAUUCUCCGCAGAGGAGCUGAAGCCACAGCCCAUGAUCAAGAAAGCCCGCAAGGUUUUCAUUCCCGAAGACCUAAAGGAUGAUAAAUACUGGGCCCGGCGCAGAAAGAACAACGUGGCAGCCAAGAGGUCACGGGACGCCCGGCGGCUGAAGGAGAACCAGAUCGCCAUCCGGGCCGGGUUUCUGGAGAAGGAGAACGCCGCUCUCCGCAUAGAGGUAGCGGACAUGAGGAAGGAGCUGGGCCGGUGCAAAAACAUUCUGGCUAAAUACGAGGCCCGACACGGGCCUCUGUGAGCCCCCCCCAAAAAACCCAACCCACUCCCACUUCAUUACCCCAACCCACCUUCCCUUAAGUUUGAAGGACUAUGUGCCUCUUUUGGUGGCACUGCCCCCUCCUCCUCCACCUCCAACUCGUCCUCCUCCCGCAAACCUCCUGCCUCCCCCUCCCCUCCCCCCUUAACCAACACACACCUGUAUGAUUCAGGUAUUAUAUCUGUCAUUUUGACUUCUAUCAUAAGCUUCAAUUUGUCUGUUCCUUCUUUUAUUUUCUGUACACAUUGUUCGACUAAAUAUAUAUACAUAGAUAAAUAUAUGUAUUUACACAUGCAUACUUCCCACUUUAAUGUACUGUGAGGAGUUAUGAGCCAACCCACCAGCUGAGUCCACCACAACCUUCCACUUUUGAGAAACAAUGCCAUGGUGUUUGUUGUUCACUUUCAUACCGAUUUUUAUACGUGACAUCAGGACUGAAAACUGUUUCCUGUUUCCCUUCUUCUAUGUCUUCUUCUUCUUCUGGUAUUAACAUGUGACGUGUCUGCUUAUAACCCCCAAAACUUGUGUUUUUAAUGCCCUCUAAACCGUUUGCUUGUCUCCCAUUAGCAACGUUUAACCCCUUUUCUUGAUGUACAUGUUGUGUUACUGUUUUGCCUCCCAGCGCUCUAACUCAUCUACCCCUCUGGCUUCAGUAACAGCGUUUUCGUUAUUUUAAAACAUAGCACAUUUUUUGUGCAAUGGUGGUGCAGAGUUGCCGUUUCAAAAAUAUAUAUUGUUUUAGUUUUUCUCCUUCAUCCGGACACUGAGCAAUAAUUCCUAUCCAGAACUAAACUAACAUGACUACCUACAUGUCCCUCACCCCUCCCUGCUCCUAGAUCUCGCCCUUCUUUCCACCUCUCACUUUAGCUCACCUCAAUUAACUAAGGGUAGCUAACCUCUGCACUAACGCGCGUCUCACAAUCUGAUCCGGUGCAACGGUUCCACUCGCUCAAAAUUCCUCCGCCUCAUAUUUAUCAACCUUUUAUUUCUCAGAUGGAAGAUUGUUGUUUUUUUUAAUAUAUAUAUAUAUAUAUACAUAUAUGUAUUCUGUUGAUAUAAUUGUUAGUAUUAAUACUGCUCUUGACAUUGUUGUCGUUUAGCCUCCUCCUUGUUUUCAGAUUUAAGCAUGAUUUUCUUUCACUGAACGAAAAGCUGUUUGCAAAUCUUUUUUUCUUUUUUUUUUUUGCAAAGUUGUUGAUAAUUCUGUUUGCUUCUGUUUAACUUAGCAUGAUUAAUAUGAGUGCUUUUAUUUUAGAAAUGAAUCCAGAUGUCUGUAGUCUCUCAUUGUAGCUCUACGUUUGCCCUCUUUUUAAAGAUGGCUGUAUGAAUGUAAAAGAUGUUGACAAAAAAAAGUUGGAUGGUGUUGUCCAAUACUGUGGUUAACCCAAUCAAUUUGUUUACUGCAGACCAAACGAUUCACAACAGAGAUGAUAUAUUGGUUACAAGAGAUAUGUUUAUAUAAACCUAUUCUAUAAGUUGUUCUUUUUGUACAGUAUUUUUCCUAUACAUUAAUGAACUAUGUAUUUUAAAGGCACAACAGAUCCAGAAUAUUAUUAAAGAAUACAAGUAUAUAACUCAAAGACAAAUGCAUAUAGUGGUAUUUUGAUAAUCUAUAUUAGCUAGGAUGUGGUAGUUUUAGAGAUUUGUGGAUAUUAAGCAGCACCCAAACCUCCAGGGCAUUAUUAUUAUCUUUAUGAAUAUUAUUAUUAUGAUGACACUCCUGCUUAUGUUGGUGCCACCUUUAACCAUGCCAUGUAAAUCCCAUUUAACUCUAAGGAAGCCAAUGCUGAAAAUGCAGUCCAAAAGAGAGAAUGUACACUUGUGCCCUAUUCAAAAUCCAUCAACUCAAACCCAACAAGAAAACACUUGUAACCUUCCGCCGACACUUCCGGACAUUUAAUAAGUCGUCGAGGCUUUCUUUUCUUUCAGUGGUGAAUAUUUUAACUUCUCAAGGCUUUUUGUAACCACACAGCUUGUUAGUUUGUUUCUUUUAGAUCUUAUUUGACGGGAUGAAGUUACUAUGAAGGAAGGGAAAUCUAUAGCUGGUUUUCUAUUGCUGCUCUGUGUGUGUUUGUUUCCUUCCAAUGCAGUUGUAGCGUGUCCCUGACCCUGAGUGAUGGACACUGGAAAGCUUCAUUUCUUUUGUGAAAGUGAAAGCUUGCAGUGGAGUCCCCCCCCACCCCACCCCAAAUGUUAGUUGUGCUGUAGUGUAGCGCUGCAUGCUGCAAAAUUUUUUGCCAGUCAGUCCAAGACUCGGAUGCGACCGAUUUAUGUUUUUGAGGGCUGAUAUUGAUGUUUCUGAUAAUUUGUAUGGAAGUCCAGGGCUGUCGAAUUAAAAAUGAAAUCAUCCAAAGAAAUAGUUUGACAUUUGCUGACAGUUAAUACCACUUUCAUGUUUCAUUAAGUAUGAAAAUACAAUUAGCAACCAUUUAGCUUAGCAUAACACAAAGACUCAAAUGGAGGGAAUCAAAACCCACCUACCAGCACCUCUAAACUGUUGAUAUUACACUUUGGUUUGGUGUACAGUUUGGUUUUAUGUAUGUAUAUUUCCUGGAUGGGUGCAAUGGUGACAAAUACUUUGGUCACGAUAUUUUUACACUUUUGUGUCUUUCUUGUACAAAUUAAACAGACGGGAUAUAACAUGAAAAUUAAGUGCUGGUGAGUUCUGGCCACUUCCCCUAUUUCCAGUCUUGUACCAAGCUAAGCUAACCAACUGCUGGCUGUAGCUUAGAGGACAUGGGAGUAUUGAUUUUCUGAUCUAACUGGGCAAAAAGAAUCCCAAAAUAUGAAAUUACCCCCUUUUUAUACAAUAGAAAUGUCCUAUUCUAUUUGGAUGUGUAUAACAUGUGAUUGAAAUUAACAUUUUUAUGUUACAUUUUAUGUUUCAUCACCCAAACAGUAAAUGAAAUUAUUCUUAAUGAGUAAAUAAUUUUAUUUGAAUAGUGGCAGCCCUGGACUUCCAUAUUUUUGUGCCGACAUCUUUAUAUUUUGAGGCAUCAGUAUUUGGUUCUUUUCAGGGUGGAAAAGAUUUGAAAACAUUACAACCCUAAACAAAACAAUUAGAAAAGCCAAUAUCGGCCCAAUAAAACAUCUAAGGAUAUAUAAGUCAAAUCCCAGUCCAGGCUUGGUUGAACGUUAUUGAUCCGAUCCAUAGGUGUGUGCGACAUAAAGUGAUUAUUUUCUAACCACAAACUAAUUUCUUAGUAUUUCUGCGCUUUAGAGGGAGUUUCCCUUCUUAUCUGCAGAGACGCACUCGAGUAUGAACAGGGUUCGAAGAGAAGAGUCAAGACUGGAACGAUGCCUCCUGAAUCUGGUUAGCAUCUUUAUAUGAAAUCAUACAAAUAUAGGAAAAAGCCAAUAAUUAAUCCAUGUGUAUCCCAAAAUUACCUCACUGUCGAGUGAUUUCACUACCUCACCCGGAAACGUUAACCAUAAUUCUGAGUCUAUUCCAGUGCCUUGAAUACACUGACUGUUCCCCAGUCUCUCAGCAAUGUAAAGUUCUCAUCACAGCACCAAUCGGAUAUGUUCACAUCUGCACUGAAGGGCUUCUUAGUGCGUCAAAAAAUCUAUAUAUUAUAUACACUGACAACUCUUUUCAUUUCUUAUUUUGGACAUUGCAACAGACUUGUAACCAUUGUAUUCAUGGCAACACCAACAGACUGUUUCAGCGUGUAUAAAAAUACAACAGAAAUGUGUAUUCGGUCUUGUUUGUCAUGGAAUGGAUGCAUAACAUUUAUUUGUGCAGUUUGGCCCUUAGCCUCUCCGUUUCUCUGUAAUUUGUAGUGUCUAAUAAAAUCCCAAUUCUUUUCUGA